UUCUGUCGCUGACCAUUGGGGGGCAAAAAGAAAUGAUUUAUAACCAUGGCAACAGUUGCUGCGAGAGACUGGGAUCAACAAGAAUCUCUUUCAUGCCCACAUCAAUGAGUUGAAGAUGAAGAGCCUCUCACAUCCAUUUGGACAAGACGUCUAGUGCCACUUUUUAAUUUUGAUUGAGACCUUUGGAUGUUCUGGGAGAGAAACAACAGCAGCUGUGGAGCCAGUAACAAGAAAGCCAACAAGUAGCCUCUUAGUUGUAGAAGUAUCCUGGGCCCUGCCUUACACACAUGGCAACACAUGAUGAGUUCACAGCAGCCAAACACCGAGCUCCUGUUGCGAUAUAUUGCGGGAGCAUUCCCAAAGCGAAGCCUGGAUGCAGGUCGCUGAGAGGCGGGAGCAUCGAUUCCAAUUUGCAGCUCUGUGGGAACGGAUGGAUGACGGCAGAUGAUGCUUCUCUUCAUUCAGUUCUAAAGAAGCAGGCAUGUUUGUGGGGAGGCAAAGGAGAACCUCUGGAUAUUAGGAAUGGCCUUCUGAAGAAGAAUACAGACAGAGCAGCCAUGGCUGACCUUUCUAGCACUCUGCCAAGGCAAGAUCCCAGUGAACUGGAGGUGAGCAGUGCAGCUGUGGAAACUGCACAAAUCAAGGACAAGCUCAAGAAGAGGAGAAUGUCUGAGGGGAUCCAUGCAUCAAGCAAAGGCUUAUUGAACUCUGUGGGUCCUCAAGGACUUGUCCUGAAACCAACCAUUUCCAGAUCUGCCUCUCAAAGACUGCUGGUCACUUCCAAGCCCAUGCCUCCUAUUCAGAGCAUCCCCACUACCCCAGAGGCUGACGGAGCUCAUGAAAGACAGCAGAAAGUGUUGGGAAACUGCCUGGAAGUUAGAGCGGACAACCAGAAGUCAAUUGCAGACACUCAAGAGAUCUUACAUAGCCAUGGUGAGAAUCUGAGGAGGUCUUUAGGUACAGCUUUGAUCCCACCUAUCCCCAAAUCAGCAAAGGCACAUGAAGAAGAAAAUUCUCAGAAUUUUCAAGAACUUCUUCCAGGCUCAUCACAGUUCCUGCUGGAAUCUGCUCCUCUUGUUACAGAAGAUUCCUCUGAAACAAGGUCAGGGACAGGACCUUUCAAUGCCGAGGACAGCACCCUCAACACUCUGGAAACCAGCGCACCGGAACCCGCUUUCAGAAAUGGCCUGUCUGCAUCCUUGAAGGUUACUGGGUGUCCACUAGAAUCCGUACUGCCAUUAACCGCCUCCUCUCCUGGUCUGGCUAAGGAAGGGGGCCAGCUCUCAAGUCCUUACCUUUUGAAAGAUGACGAGUGGAAGGAGAGCAAUGGAAGGAUCCACGUGACCAUAUCAAAGUCGGCUCAGGAGAAACUGCGCCAGAAGCAGUUAAAGGAGAUAGAGAUUUUGCGCAAAGAAAGAGAAAAGGAAAGAGAGAGAGAGAAGGAAAGGCUGACAAAGUUUGAAGAGCAUCUACAGAAAACUGCUCGUGAAGGUUCUGGGCCACUUAAAAGCAAUGGAACCACCCCUGUUGGCCUCAGUCUGAGCAAUCCCUGCAGAGCUCCUGUUGGGACGUCCCUGAAGAAACGGGUGAACAGGCCCUCUCUGCCCAGCAUCCCCGUCAUCAACCAUGACAGUAGCUUCCUCAGGCAUGCUUCAGCUAACUCCCUGCCAGCAAACCUCCAGGGUUCUCCGGAAUGGGAAGAGGACCUCGUAAAUAGAGAUGCCUUAGAAAUAAGACCCUUGUCUUACCCAGAGCAGGGGCUGGUCGAUGCUCUGAAGUGGCUCAAUAGCAACGAUUGGCAUCUGAAGGAGAAAGGACUCUUCAGCAUACGAUGCUUGGCUACCUGCCAUUCAGAAGUUCUCCAGUGUAGACUUCAUGAUGUUUCCUUGGCAGCCACAAAGGAGGUUAGCAACCUCCGGUCGAAAGUAUCUCGGUUUGCUAUUGGGACCCUAGCUGACCUCUUCAAGGCCAUGAAGAAGCAUAUGGACCAAGAGGUUGAAGAGAUUUCUCGAGUCCUUCUCCAGAAGGCAGGCGAUUCUAGUGAAUUCAUCCAGAAAGCAGCUGAUCAAUGCUUGGGCGUCAUGGCGCAGAAUGUGACUCCCUCACGAGCGAUGGCUGCCCUCAUGGCCAAUGGAGUGAACCACCGUAACCCCCUCAUCCGGAAAUGUGCGGCUGAACACUUGCUGAUCAUCGUGGAGCAGAUUGGGGCAGAGAAACUGCUCUCGGGCAACCGGGAGAGUACAAAGCUUCUGGUGCAGACGCUGGUCAAACUUGCUCAAGACUGCAAUCAAGACACAAGAUUUUAUGGCCGGAAGAUGCUGAACAUCCUUAUGUCCCAUUCAAAAUUUGAUGGGUAUUUGAAGCAGUGUCUACCAUCACAUGACUUGCGUGAUGUCAUGGCUGCAAUUAAGCAGAAAGGAUUAGAAGACCAAUCUUCUCAAGCUCCUUCUGCCAAAAGCCACAGAGGGUCGAAGAGCAGCAGUCUGACAACCUCACUGGACAGCCUGCCUUCAGAGGAAAGCUCUGUCCCAGAUGUCCUAAGCAUCCCGCAGUCAGUGGCUCGCCGCUCGUCGCUUCGCAGCAUCGAAAUGAUGGAGCAGCUCAAGGAGCUGAACAAGAUGCUGGUGGCGAAGGAAUUCCAGAUGCGAAUGGAGGGAGUGGCGUUGCUAAUGGAGCACUGCAAGAACAACCCCCAGCUUGUGUCCUCAAAUAUCAUACAGAUCUUUGAUGCUUUUACUCCGAGACUUCAGGACUCGAACAAGAAAGUGAAUCAGUAUGCAUUAGAGUCAGUUGCUUCCAUGAUCCCAAUCCUCAGAGAUGGUUUAAAUCCAGUCCUGGUGUCUGUGGUGACUGUAGUCACUGACAACCUAAACUCAAAGAAUUCUGGGAUCUACAACGCUGCAGUGAAAGUGCUGGACAAAAUGAUUAUUCAUCUAGAUAAUCUGCUUCUGCUUCAAACAUUUGCCAGCAGGGUGCGCUUCACCAGUGGUCGAGCUCUGCAGGGGAUCACAGACCACCUGUCAGUUCUUGUGGCUUUUGCUUAUCCACGGAAACCCCAGGCUGUGGAGCGUCACGUCCUUCCCAUUCUCUGGUAUUUCCUGAGCAACAUGAUUGGCAAUGGUGUGCUACCUGGAAAGAGUGGAAACGUCAGAGCAGUGGUCUCCAAACUUGCUAAGAGCCUGCACAAGCAAAUGGGACCCAAGCUUGAGGAGUGUGCCUCCAGCCAACCACAAAACGUGAUCAGAAUCCUCCAGGACCUCCUAGAUACGAAACUCCCAUGAAGGAGACACAGUACCAUCUCUGGGACAAUCUACUGUUUGCCGCUUCAAGAGAGAUCAGAAAAAGAAGUUGCGGACAAUGAUACAGUGCUUGCCAUUAUUUAUGUUAUUUUUUAAUAUAAUAACUAACUAUGAAGAGUUUAUAGUAAUAUUCCACUAUGGAAAGUGUAUAUAAUAUAUUUUGCAGUAGAAUUAAAUCCCCUAUUUUUCUAAAUCUUAAUUUGCUCAACUUUUGUCUCAUAGAGACUUACAAGUUAUUAUUUUAAAAAAUCUGUGUACAGUUGUAAUUUUUAUCUGUAUAAAGCAAAGCACUUUAUUUAUGUAAUAAAUAUGUGUCAAAGGAGGGAGCAAGGGUGACAG